UGAAAGAAUAUUGUCCUUCUUCCUCUUUAGGUCUCAAGAAUCGAUCUCAGCUACAGUGAAGAAGAAGAUACAGAGAGCAGAUUAGAUUGAACAUGUUGAUGUGCAGAUCUGAGGUGGCUGAUCUCUUUACUGAUUAGAAAUUCCGAUCAGGUUUUCUGAUAAAAUCUUCAGUUUGAUAUUGUCUGGGUAACCAAAAUGGUUGUACUUGCGGCUUCAAUUUUAACUAAGUCUGGCAAAGUGCUUCUCUCCAGGCAGUUUGUGGACAUGACUCGGAUCAGAAUUGAAGGUCUUCUUGCAGCUUUUCCUAAGUUGGUGGGCACGGGAAAGCAACACACAUAUGUUGAAACAGAGAAUGUGCGUUAUGUUUAUCAACCAAUAGAAGCUCUUUAUUUGCUCCUUGUAACAAACAAGCAGAGCAACAUUCUUGAAGAUUUGGAGACUCUAAGACUGCUAUCCCGGCUGGUAACUGAGUAUUCUUACUCUCCGGAUGAGGAGGGUAUUGGCAAGAGUGCUUUUGAACUGAUCUUUGCUUUUGAUGAAAUCAUCUGUCUUGGGCACAAGGAAAAUGCGACUGUUGCACAGGUUAAGCAAUAUUGUGAGAUGGAGAGUCAUGAAGAGAAGUUGCACAAGCUGGUAUUGCAGAGCAAGAUUAAUGAAACUAAGGAUGUCAUGAAGCGCAAAGCUAGUGAGAUUGACAAGAGCAAGAUUGAUAAGAAUAGAGGUGACAAAGGAGGGUUCAUGUCAAUGGGAUCUGGAAGAAUAGAAACUGGCUUUAGUGAACUGAACAUUUCUAGCAGCGGAAGUGGAUUUGGAAGUGGUUCUGGGUUUGGUGCACUAACCACUGAUGUUGAUGCCUUUUCUACCAAGCCUAAAGGCCGACAACCUUCUGCUGCAACUGCUCCUCCUAAAGGUUUUGGCAUGCAGCUUGGUAAAUCACAAAAAACAAACCAGUUCCUGGAAUCCCUGAAAGCAGAAGGUGAACUGAUAGUUGAUGAUGUGCAGCCAAAGGCAGGUCUGUCCAGAGUGACCGCAGCUCCACUUACCGAUCCCGUUACUUUGACUGUUGAGGAGAAACUCAAUGUCACUCUGAAAAGAGAUGGUGGAAUGAGUAGCUUUGCGGUUGAAGGGACCUUGUCACUUCAAAUUCUUAACCAGGAAGAUGGACUCAUCCAAGUUCAGAUUGAAACUGGUGGUAAUCCUGGAAUUCUUUUCAAGACUCACCCCAACAUGAACAAGGAAUUGUUUUCCAACGAGAACAUUCUGGGGUUGAAGGACCCUAAUAGGCCUUUCCCCACUGGUCCAGGUGGGGAUGAAGCUGGUGUUGGUCUUUUGAAGUGGAGAAUGCAAAGUGCAGAUGAGUCAAUGGUGCCAUUGACCAUUAACUGCUGGCCUUCGGUUUCUGGAAAUGAAACAUAUGUCAGCAUCGAGUAUGAAGCUUCAACCAUGUUUGAUCUCCGAAAUGUUGUUAUUUCUGUGCCUCUUCCUGCUCUUAGGGAGGCACCAAAUGUUAGGCAGAUUGAUGGUGAAUGGAGGCAUGACUCCAGGAAUUCCGUCUUAGAAUGGUCCAUACUUCUCAUUGAUGACACGAACCGCAGUGGAUCUAUGGAGUUUGUGGUGCCUCCUGCCAACUCAUCAGCGUUCUUCCCCAUCUCUGUCGAAUUUUCAGCCACUAGUACAUACAGUGACCUGAAGGUUGUGAACAUCAUUCCUUUGAGAGGUGGAGCUGCUCCCAAGUUCUCACAGAGGACAAAGUUGAUUACAGGGGAUUACAAAGUUGUGUGAAUGUUAUUAUCGAUAUUCUAAGGGUAAUCAUAAUAUAAGUUGUAUGGGCAUCCAUUGCCUUGCCCCCAAGGAUUGAUCGUUGCAUAUGAAUGGUGUGAUUGACGAAGCCUAACCGGGAUGCUGUGGCAUAUUUUAUGUGGAUUUAGGUACUUUUUGAUAUCUGAUCUGUUUUUUUUUUCA